CAGUCCCACUCUCUUGGCGUUGGAAGCCUGGGUCCAAUGGCAUGAAAAAUCAUUACACCUUGAGACUUCCUCACCUGCAUUGGAUGGCCGUGUUGUCCUUUGUGCUCCAACAUGCCCUAAGCACUCCACAGUGCUUUGCUGUGUCGCCAUCUCAUCCAUUGAACCUUCUUAUUGGUUUCUUCCAUCUGUUCAGCUGAAGCAGUCUUCACAUGCUGGGAAAUCAAGGUGGUUCUGUGGCCAGAGCCAUUUUGGAAGACAAAAAUAUUUGUGUAAGAGUAGCCACUCGGGAUGUGACCAAACCUGCUGCUGUGGCCCUACAAGACCUGGGAGCUGAGGUGGUGAAGUGUGACCUGAAUAGCAAAGAGGAUGUGAAUGGCAUUCUAAAAGGUGCCUAUGGCGCCUUCCUGGUGACCAAUUUCUGGGAAGGCUAUAGCAAAGAGAAAGAAGUAAAGCAGGGGAAAACCGUAGCUGAUGCCAGUAAACAUCUAGGCUUGGAGCAUGUGGUAUACAGUGGCCUGGAGAAUGUAAAGAAGUUGACCAAAGGGAAAUUGGAGGUGCCGCACUUUGAUGGGAAAGGCGAAGUGGAGGAGUAUUUCUGGUCCAUUGGAGUUCCCAUGACCAGUGUCAGGUUGUCAGCCUACUUUGAAAACUUCCUAAACCUCUGGAAACCUGUGAAGGCAUCGGAUGGUGACUACUACAACUUGAUGUUGCCUAUGAAGGACAUCCCCCUGGAUGGCGUCUCUGUUGCUGACAUUGGACCAGCAGUGGCCAGCAUCUUCAGGUCCCCAGAGGAGUUCCUGGGCAAGGCUGUGGGUCUCAGUGCAGAAGCUCUGACAGUUCAGCAGUAUGCAGACAUCCUCUCCAAGACCUUGGGGAAGGUGGUUAAAGACUCCAAGAUCACCCCAGAAGCUUACGAGAAGCUGGGAUUCCCUGGAGCCAAGGAAAUGGCUGACAUGAUGCGUUUCUAUCACAUGAGGCCAGACAGAGAUGUGCAGCUCACCCACAAGCUCAACCCCAAGGUCAAGAGUUUCUCCCAGUUUGUCUCUGAGAACAAAGGUGUCUUCACAGACUUGUAGGAACCAUUCAAGUGCUUUGGACUGGCCAGCGGUUACACAUGAUAAUUUCCUCCAUGAUUCCUCCAUGAUAAUUUUAAAGCACUCUGCGUGGUGGCCUGGUGUGGUGGUCAGAAGACUGCAUCUACAGUGAGGAGAUCUGGGUUCAAAUCUUGGUUUUGCCACUUAUAAUCUCUGUGACCUUAAACAAUUCUUUGACUUCUCUGGGACUUAGUUUCCCCAUCUGUAAAAUGAAGGGGUUAGCCUAGAUGGUCCUUUCUAGCUUUAAAUCCUCCGAUGAUCCUCAUAUAGGAAGAAUGGGAAAAAUUUUGAACUGAUUCAAUCCAGUCCUGUGGAAAGUGAUUUCUUUCCAUUACAGAAAGAAUCCUUCUCAUCAGGGGAGAAUGAGGGCCUAAUUUCUAGAAUUUACCCAGGGGCAUCAGAGCAUGAUGGAUGGAUAAAGGGCUGGAUUUGUUGUCAGAAGAUCAUGGAUUUAGACCUGGGAAGGAACUUAGAGGUCAUCUAAUCUGAGGUCCAAACAAGGGGAAUGACUUGUUCAAGGCCAUACAAAUAAGUAGCAGAGCUGCAACCUAACUCCCAAUGGAACACUCUUUCUACCUCACCAUGCCAGGAAGGUUCAGAUUCAAAUCCUGCCUCUGCCCCUGAGAAAUGAGAUCAUGAGUGGUUUCACCUUUUUAAGCUUGUUUGCUCCUCUAUAAAAUGCAAAUAAUUAUACUUGUAGUUCCUCAUGUGAUUGCUAAGAGAUACAGAUGAGAUUCAUAUCUGUUAAGGGCUUUAGAAACAUUAAGAUGCAUAAUAUCUGUUAUUAGACUUGUGAAUUCUAAAGCUACUUCACCCUAAUCAGAUCUUACUUUAGAAGAUCUGAUUUAGCUAUUUCCUGAUCAAUAACAAUAGAGAUACUUGGACUAACAAAAUCAAGUCUUGGGAACUCUACAUUUCUCCACCCUCCUUAAUUUAACAAGAUUAGGAAGGUCUGCACCAAACUCAAGGAUUAAGUAUCUGAGAAAAAUGGCCUUCAACAGACAUGUGCAGAAAAAGCCGACAGACCCCUGGGUGGUCCCAAGUCAAGCUAAGCUAUGAUUGGUACAGAUGAGAUGCAGGAGAGUGACGUAAAACAGUCUAUAAAAGGUACGUCACGGGCUCUCUGCUCCCUCUUUCCCUGGAGAGGUGACACUGGCUGGCAGCAUGCUAGGCAUUCCAACAUCUUGGAGUGGUGGCAGUUAUUUGUCUGGGUUUGGUGGUGAGUUUGCCCUUGAGCUGAUUCAGGUUCAGGCACCUUGGCUGAGCCCUUUGGAGUUCAGGCAGAUUCUUUUCCUUCUUAGUCUUCAAAAAACCUUACUUUCUAUAUCUCCUAAUCUUUCCAUCUGGUACUAGUCAGGCGGGAGAAAUCCUACUCUUUUUCCUUCUUCCUUCUUCUUAAUCUCCUCCACUAUAUCAAAUAAAUCACCAUAAAUUUCCAGCUGACUUGGGUAUCUUAUUAUUUGGGCUUUUUCCCUAGCGACCAAUUAAAUUUUAGAUUUUAAGUCACAACGCUAAAAUUAUCCUUUACAGACUUCCUUGUUGUUGUCAUCAUUGUUGUUGCCCUGCCUCCUCCUUUUGCUUCUCCUCCUUCUUUUCCUUUUCCUCCUUCUUCUCCUUUUUCUUCUUCCUCCUCUUCCUUUUCCUCAGCCUGGGCUUCUGACCACUUCUGCCUCACCAGACAUUCAGCCUCAGCAUGGUUUGGGCUCGGAGGUCAUCAGAUCUUGAUUUCAGGCAAGUAAAAAGUCUGCUACGUUGGGCAAAUGAAUCUCCAACUCCUUGAUCACAGUACACUGACCAGCCAGAAAAGAGCUGCUAAUUAAUAAAUUACUGAA